AGUGAUUGGAGGGCAGACUGGAAUAAUAAGGAGAGGCUGAACCGUAGCGGACUGAUGCGUCCCAGCCGCUGGCCUCAGGUCUGACAUCCACCAGGAGACACUUGUGCGUUCCUCCUUCAACAUGAAUCCAACAAGACCUCCUGUUAGGCUGCAAUAAAACUGCUUGUCUUUCUUUUUGACUGUUAACCUGCACACUUCAGCGAAGCAUUUUUGCGCAGAAAGUCCUUAAACCAAGGAAGAACAGCGCGUAAAUUUCUUCAACUUUCUGCCGCUUGGAGCCAAACGGCGGCCGGCAUCUCUGGAGAUUUUCUGCUUUUAUUUGAUCAGAGGGGAAUAUUUUGCCUUUUUUUCAGCACCGACAUGGAGUACACGUCAUCUCCCAAGCCGCAGCUCUCAUCCCGGGCCAAUGCUUUCUCCAUAGCCGCCCUGAUGUCCAGCGGGAAGUCCAGCAAGGACAAGGAGGCGGAGGAGAACACCAUCAAACCUCUGGAGCAAUUCGUGGAGAAAUCCUCCUGCAACCAGCAGUCCCUGGCUGACUUGUCCUCCCUGGACGGGCACGGGGACUUCAGCGGGAACGCGCCCGCAGUGUGCACGGAGCCGCUCAUCCCCACCAAUCCCGGCAUCCCCAGCGAGGAGAUGGCCAAGAUCUCGUGCAGCCUGGAGACCAAAGAGCUUUGGGACAAAUUCCACGAGCUCGGUACUGAGAUGAUCAUCACCAAGUCUGGAAGGCGGAUGUUUCCUACCAUCCGGGUUUCUUUCUCCGGGGUUGACCAGGACUCCAAGUACAUCGUCCUGAUGGACAUCGUCCCGGUGGACAACAAGCGGUACCGCUACGCCUACCACCGCUCCUCCUGGUUGGUGGCCGGCAAGGCCGACCCUCCUCUGCCCGCCAGGUUAUACGUCCACCCGGACUCUCCGUUCACCGGGGAGCAGCUGAUGAAGCAGAUGGUUUCCUUCGAGAAGGUCAAGCUGACAAACAACGAGCUGGACCAGCACGGACACAUCAUCCUGAAUUCUAUGCACAAGUAUCAGCCACGAGUUCACAUUAUCAAAAAGAAAGACCACACCGCCUCGUUGCUCAACCUCAAAUCUGAGGAGUUUCGCACCUUUGUGUUUGUUGAGACCGUCUUUACUGCUGUCACAGCUUAUCAGAACCAGCUGAUAACUAAGCUGAAGAUCGACAGCAACCCUUUUGCCAAAGGCUUCAGGGAUUCUUCCCGGCUGACGGACAUGGAGAGCAGGGAAAGUGUUGAGAAUCUGAUCCACAAGCACUCAUACGCCCGAUCGCCGAUCAGAACCUACGCUGGGGACGAGGAGAACCUGAAUGAGGACGGACACACCACACACACCAGAGCAGGCUCAGCGUUUACCGCCUCAGACAACCUCUCCUUGAGUUCCUGGGUCACCACCACCUCCGGCUUCUCAGGCUUCCAGCAUCCUCAGACCUUGUCAGCCAUGGGCACCGGAACCGCCUCCCUACCCCACCCCAUCCAAGGAUCCCUCCCUCCUUACAGCCGGCUAGGGAUGCCGCUCACACCAACUGCUCUGGCUGGAACCAUGCAGGGCAGCGGGCCUUCCUUCCCUUCCUUCCACAUGCCCCGCUACCACCACUACUUCCAGCAGGGGCCCUACGCUGCCAUCCAAGGACUUCGCCACUCCUCAACGGUCAUGACGCCCUUUGUAUGACUGUAAAGAACAGAGGGCCAGAACUAACUCUGACCAUUGAUUGGGUGCAGACCAUUAAUCCUCAUAACUCCUCAUCUGAUUUGCACCUGACCCACUGUUUUUUGUAAAUAUCUGAACUGCAGCGAUUGAGAUGAGGGUCGAGAUGUGAAGAGGAACCUGCACAGUGAAGCGAGACAGACUGUGCUCCUCUCUCAGGAUCUGAAUCCAAAAAACAGUUCUGUUAUAUGAAAAGACUGACAACCUCAUUGCAAACGAGAUGCAAGGCAAAUACACGUGCAUGCUUGUUUUAUUUCAGCCCUCAAGUUCAAAGUACACUUUCUAAUCGUUUUUAAACGGCUGCUGAGAUUCCUAAAAAUGACACAAGGAGAUAGAGGGAUCAUUUCAAUAUGAAGGACAUGCAGAGACGCUAUCUUCACUCCUCUGUGUGAAGGAAACCAGCCAUAUGUACAGUUCAGAAUAACAGCUCCACAAUCUGGGGAUGAUGUAGAUCUGUGUCUAAAGAAACUGAAGAAAAGAAAACGCUUCACUACAUCCCUUUUCUCACUGUAAAUUGCCAAAAAAAAGAGUCAUAGAUCGCAUGCUGACUGCAGUAGACAAAACAUUGCUUAACAUGUUGAAAUACAGAUAGAAGGACUGUGAGUAAGAUAGGGAAAUGUUUAUUUUUGUUCAAGGCCCGGUCAAACCGGGAAUUGCAAACCUGCUUAUCAAUGUUAUCAAUGCUCCACCAUUUAUGGCAUACAGUAAAACAUUCUUCAAAAAAA